UCUCAAGUCAAACCAACGCGAGGAUAUACGGAAAACUUCUCCAGAGAAAAGCUACGGCUUUGUUUUAAUCUCUGACAACAUACAACGUUUUUGUUUGGAGUUUCGGAUAUUUAGAUCUUCCAAGAUGAAGUUUGUAAGGUAUUUAAUGAGGAAUGCUGCUAUGCUAAAUGCGCCAAAGCAUAUUGAUUAUUACGCGAAAUUUUCUCCAUCGCCCUUGUCAAUGAAACAGUUCCUGGAUUUCGGAUCCACAAAUGCGUGUGAGAAAACAUCCUUCGCUUUCCUCAGACAAGAGCUCCCAGUCAGACUAAGCAACAGUUUGAAGGAGAUCAACCUUUUACCUGACCAACUGAUCAAGACUCACUCCGUUCAGCUAGUUCACAGCUGGGUUGUCCAAUGCCUGAUGGACAUACUCGAAUUUCAAGACAAGAGUCCCAAUGACCCCAGAGUUCUUGCUGAGUUUCUGCACACUCUUGUGACCAUCAGGAACAGGCACAAUGAUGUGGUACCCACCAUGGCCGAAGGUGUCAUCGAGUAUAGGGAUGCGUUUGGGGCAGAUCCUUUGACAAGUCAGAACAUUCAGUACUUUCUGGACCGCUUUUACAUGAACCGCAUCUCCAUUCGCAUGCUCAUCAACCAGCACACUCUGAUCUUCGAUGGCUGCACAAAGCCAGGACAUCCCAGCAGCAUCGGGUGCAUUGACUCCUGCUGUGACGUCACAAAUGUAAUCCGUGAUGCAUACGAGUGCGCUAAAAUGCUCUGUGAGCAGAAUUACCUCGGAUCCCCUGAGCUGGAGCUUAGAGAGAUGAACGCAAAGAACAAGUCCCAGCCAAUCGAGAUUUCCUACGUGCCCUCUCAUCUCUUCCACAUGGUUUUUGAGCUCUUCAAGAAUGCAAUGAGGGCUACUAUUGAGAAUCAUGAAACAAGCAGCACAUUGCCACCGAUCGAAGUCAUGGUUGCUCUAGGCGGAGAGGACCUGUCAAUCAAGAUCAGUGACAGGGGCGGCGGCGUUCCUUUCAGGAAGAUUGAUAGACUUUUUAGCUACAUGUAUUCAACAGCGCCCAGACCUACUAUUGGUGACCAUCAGCGGACCCCAAUGGCUGGCUUUGGUUAUGGCCUUCCCAUCUCGCGCCUGUACGCACGCUACUUCCAAGGGGAUCUCCAGCUUUAUCCCCUGGAGGGCUAUGGUACGGAUGCUGUGAUUCAGCUGAAGGCUCUGUCCACAGAUUCAGUAGAGAAACUUCCAGUGUUCAAUCAGACUGCCUUGCGCCAUUACAAAUUCAGCCAGGAAGCUGAUGACUGGUGCGUCCCGAGGAAGGAGCCGUUGAACUUAACUGCAUACAAGGCUGCAAAGUGAGCCAUGAGAGCUGACUGCCUUAAACACAUGACAAAGGCUUGCAAGAGAUUGCCAAGAUAGGCUUCCUUUGUGAAUGCUCGCAUUCUCUACUGAACUGAGGACCAGUGACAGCAUUUCCCAAUGCUCUUUGAGUACUGUUUCCUGGGAACUCUUAAACUGCAUGUGGCCAGAAUUGAAGAUGCAAAACAGUAGAUUCCUUAGUGCUGGUGAAGUUAAUGUUUUUUAGCAAAAGCUCAGGGAUGAGAAGGCCUGGCGGGGCGACAGGUAAUCAGAUGC